AUGUGUCUCGGCCGAGACAGAUUUCCCCGAGACGGAUUUCCUACUACACCGGGCUGGGUAGCAUCCCGUUUGAAGACAAAUGAAAAUGUAACCGAGUGUUCCGUUCCGAGAAAGAGACUUGCUGCACGGGCUAUAUGUGGUCAAAAGAAGAAGGAAUUUUCUGAUUUCUUUUCUCCCCUGCAGUAUGGAGUAGCCACUGAAGGAGGUUCUGAGCUUCUGGUGCACCAAAUUCAGCUUCUUCUUGAGUCUAACAAGGACUGGGCACUACUGAAAACGGACCUAAAAAAUGCAUUUAACUCUGUCAUCAGGAAUGACAUGAUUUGCCAAGUUUAUGAAUCAUUCCCUGAUAUUGGAAAUCAUGUUUCAAAGAUGUAUUCGGGUUUCAAUGAUCUCAUCAUCUGUCAAGGCAAUUCAACUGUCAACUUGUCAUCGCAAGAAGGUGUCCAUCAAGGCGACCCUUUGGGGCCUGUAUUGUUUUCUACUGCCAUACAUCCUGUUCUUCUUAAAGUUCAAUCUAAUCAUGAUGAUGUCACAGUGCUAGCUUACCUGGACGAUAUUUUCAUAAUGGGACUACCAGAUAGGAUAAUGUCAGCAUUUGAAGAUCUCAAGCCUUCUCUCUCUGUUCUUGGUCUACAGAUAUCAAACAGCAAAUGUGAGCUUUACUGUCCACCAUCAGCAGAUAGUGUGGCUUGCGAACAAUUUCAGUCAAUUCCUGUUUCAUCUCACGGUUGCAAGAUUCUGGGAGUUCCCUUUGGGAACCUCUCAUUUAUUCAAAGUGUGAGUGCAGACUUUGUUGAUUCUGGAAGCCUUCUUUGCAACCAAAUUCUUCAUCUUGACGAUCCACAAAGUGCGAUGCUUUUGCUUCGACAUUGCCAUGUACCUAGAAUGACUCAUCUUGCAAGAUCCAUUGCCCCACUCAAACUCUACACUGCUGCCACUGCUCAUGAUCUUCAGACAAGACAAACAUACACAGGGCUGCUGAACUUCGGAGAAAUCUCUGAUGAGAAGUGGAUGCAGGCAACCUUACCGAUUAAACAUGGAGGCUUUGGUGUGACCUCUGUGAGAGAAAUUUCUCAGUUUGCAUUCAUUUCUAGCUGGUCACACACAUUAUCAGUUCUGCCCACACGCUUUCCGAUCAUGGAGAAGAUAGUAAACGAUCUCAUUUUUCAAAAUGACACUGACACUUCAAUUGCACUGGAGAUACAUCAGGCCCUACCAUCAGACAAGAGUCUUAGCGAGCUACUUCAAAAGCCCAAGCAACUACAAAGAAGGCUCACUCAACAACACAUGACUUCUAUUUCCAGUUAUAUGAUUGAACAUUCUUGUUCACCUAGAGAUGCAGCCCGCCUUCACUCCCUAAAGGGUAAAGGUGCUGGUGCCUGGAUUGCUGCUAUCCCAGAAUCGGCAAAUUUCGCACUUCAACCUUACGAAUUUCGUCUGGCGUGUUUGUUGAGACUGGGUCUGGAGAUACCGGCUGUGAGCUGCAUCGAGAAAUGUGAAUGUGAUGCUAAUCUGGAUAACACAGGGUAUCACUUACUCACCUGUAAGAAAGGCGGUGGUCCUGUGUGGUCACAUGACUCAAUUGUGUCCGAAUGGUCUGAUUGUUUGAGGCACCUGCAGAUCCACCACAAACGCGAACCUCGAGAUCGGUACACUGACAACAACAAUCGUCCAGACAUUGCUGUCUUUGAUGCGGGCUCAGGCACCAAUGUAGAGCUUGAUGUAGCCUUGGCUCAUCCUUGGGCAAAAGACACAUUGUUCCAAGCUUCUAAAAGGGAAGCAGCAGCAGCUGCAAACAGGGAGAAUAGGAAGUUAACCAAAUAUAGUCAAGUCACUCUCCCCGGUGCGUCUUCCUUGACACUUGUUCCACUUGUAUUUGAGCAUUUUGGCCAUUGGGGAGAACGAGCCACCAGAUACCUACAGGAACUAUCAACCAGGUCGACGGAUGAUGAUGGCAAUAAGAAUGCUAAUGAAUUCAUGUGUUACUGGAGAAAACGAUUCUCAACAGCGCUACAACGUUGCAAUGCUAGGACUAUUGCAAAGAAACUAUCACACCUUUUAUCCAUGAGCUCCAGUAAUGUAAAGAACUAUCAUACUCAGUUUUGCGUACAUUAGUUUGUGAUGUGUAUUGACCCUAUUGGGUCUCUUGAACAUUCUAAAUAGUUUUAGUUGUAAUAGCAUUCAUUUAUGAAAAUAUAUGAAUUUUGACAGACAGAUAGACAGACAGACAGACCAGACAGAUAGACAGAUCAAGCUGCAGCAAUGCAAUUCAAGUGUGAUCUCUAGGAAGAUGGCAGUAAUUUCAGCUGGACAAAA